AGACGAGAAGAGAGGAGGGGAGGCCUCCUCCGCCGCCGCCAUCUUGGACCGGGCCCGGUCAGCUUCCGCGGAGCCAUCGGCAGACGCCGCGGCCUCCCUUGAGCCCCGACCCCCGUCGUCAGAACAACCCCGGGCCCACUACCCCCAACCCCACUUCCGCUUCGCGCCGCUAUCGCGAUAGCGCCCGGGCCCGGGGCGCGAGAAAAAGGCGGCGGGCGCUCGCCUCCCCCGCCUGUCGCGAUACGCUCCUCAGCGGCGGCGCCAGCUCCUGUGCGUCCGUCUCCAAGAGAGUAUGAAGAGAGUGCGUCUGUAGGGCAGGGAAGAUGGCGGACAAGCGCAAACUCCAAGGUGAGAUUGAUCGCUGCCUCAAGAAGGUGUCCGAGGGCGUGGAGCAGUUUGAAGAUAUUUGGCAGAAGCUCCACAAUGCAGCCAACGCGAACCAGAAAGAAAAGUAUGAGGCUGACCUAAAGAAGGAGAUUAAGAAGCUACAACGGCUAAGGGACCAGAUCAAGACAUGGGUAGCGUCCAACGAGAUCAAGGACAAGAGGCAGCUUAUAGACAACCGCAAGCUCAUUGAGACGCAAAUGGAACGGUUCAAAGUUGUGGAACGAGAGACCAAAACCAAAGCUUACAGCAAGGAGGGCCUGGGCCUGGCCCAGAAGGUAGAUCCUGCCCAGAAGGAGAAGGAAGAGGUUGGCCAGUGGCUCACGAAUACCAUCGACACGCUCAACAUGCAGGUGGACCAGUUUGAGAGUGAAGUGGAGUCACUGUCAGUGCAGACACGCAAGAAGAAGGGCGACAAGGAUAAGCAGGACCGGAUCGAGGGCUUGAAGCGGCACAUCGAGAAGCACCGCUACCACGUGCGCAUGCUAGAGACCAUCCUGCGCAUGCUGGACAAUGACUCUAUCCUCGUUGAUGCUAUCCGCAAGAUCAAGGACGACGUUGAGUACUAUGUCGACUCAUCCCAGGACCCCGACUUCGAGGAGAACGAGUUUCUCUACGAUGACCUGGACCUCGAGGACAUUCCACAGGCGCUGGUCGCCACCUCCCCCCCCAGCCACAGCCACAUGGAGGAUGAGAUCUUCAACCAGUCCAGCAGCACGCCCACCUCGACCACCUCCAGCUCUCCCAUCCCGCCCAGCCCAGCCAACUGUACCACGGAAAACUCUGAAGAUGAUAAGAAGAGGGGACGUUCCACAGACAGUGAAGUCAGCCAGUCUCCAGCCAAAAACGGCUCCAAGCCUGUCCACAGCAACCAGCACCCUCAGUCCCCAGCUGUGCCGCCCACCUACCCCUCUGGCCCCCCGCCUGCUGCCUCUGCCUUGAGCACCACUCCUGGCAACAAUGGGGUCCCCGCCCCAGCAGCACCCCCAAGUGCCCUGGGCGCCAAGGCCAGUCCAGCUCCCAGCCACAACUCGGGCACCCCUGCUCCCUAUGCCCAGGCUGUGGCCCCACCAGCUCCCAGUGGGCCCAGCACGACCCAGCCCCGGCCCCCCAGCGUCCAGCCUAGCGGAGGCGGUGGAGGCGGCGGCGGAGGUGGAGGGAGCGGCAGCAAUAGUAACAGCAGUGCCAGUGGAGGGGCUGGCAAGCAGAAUGGCGCCACCAGUUACAGCUCCGUUGUGGCAGACAGCCCGGCAGAGGUGGCUUUGAGCAGCAGUGGGGGCAACAAUGCCAGCAGCCAGGCCCUGGGCCCCCCUUCCGGCCCCCACAACCCACCUCCCAGCACCUCGAAGGAACCCAGUGCCGCAGCCCCAACAGGGGCUGGGGGUGUGGCCCCAGGCUCAGGGAACAACUCAGGGGGACCCAGCCUCCUGGUGCCACUGCCUGUGAAUCCUCCCAGCUCCCCAACGCCCAGCUUCAGUGAUGCCAAGGCAGCCGGUGCCCUGCUCAAUGGGCCUCCACAGUUCAGCACCGCCCCGGAAAUCAAGGCCCCUGAGCCUCUGAGCUCCUUGAAGUCCAUGGCGGAACGGGCAGCCAUCAGCUCUGGCAUUGAGGAUCCUGUGCCAACGCUGCACCUGACUGAGCGAGACAUCAUCCUGAGCAGCACGUCAGCACCUCCGGCCUCAGCCCAGCCGCCCCUGCAGCUGUCAGAGGUGAACAUACCGCUGUCGCUGGGUGUCUGUCCGCUGGGCCCUGUGCCCCUCACCAAGGAGCAGCUCUAUCAGCAGGCCAUGGAAGAGGCCGCCUGGCACCACAUGCCUCACCCCUCUGACUCUGAGCGUAUCCGGCAGUACCUCCCCCGGAACCCCUGUCCGACGCCCCCCUACCACCACCAGAUGCCACCCCCACACUCGGACACUGUGGAGUUCUACCAGCGCCUGUCGACCGAGACACUCUUCUUCAUCUUCUACUAUCUGGAGGGCACUAAGGCACAGUACCUGGCAGCCAAGGCCCUAAAGAAGCAGUCGUGGCGAUUCCACACCAAGUACAUGAUGUGGUUCCAGAGGCACGAGGAGCCCAAGACCAUCACUGACGAGUUCGAGCAGCCGGCGCAGUCCCUCGGCCGGACCAAGUUCUCCUCCCUCUGGCUGUCUGCUCAGCCUGGACCACCACCCUCUCAUCCUCCACUUGGCCAGCUCCUAGGCCUCCUGUAGGUCUUAGCCCAAAUGUCCCUUCCUCAAAGAAACCUUCCUGGAGCCACCCAGCCCAGUGCCUCCCCUUGCAGUGCUGGGCACACUCGCUUGGGGUGUGGGAUUUUCCCAGUAUGUGUCCCUGCACCAGGCUGUGGGCUCUGCUGCCCAGGGACCUUGAUGGCCCCCACUUCACCUCAGGUCCCAGCACUCAGCAGGGCAGGGGCUCAGUGGGGAAACUUUUUUUUUUUUAAUGGGCUUCUCAAGUUCUAAUACUGGGAAAUUCCUGCCUCUUGCAAACACUCUGGAGCCAGCCUUCCUGGGUUUGAGCCCAGUCUAGCUGGGUGACUCGAGGCAAGUCACUCGAACCUCUGUGUCUCAAUUUCCUUAUCUGUAAAAAUGGGGGGAAGAAGACCUACCUAAUGCAGUUGUUAUGAAGAUUAAAUGAGUUAAUAACAUGUAAGUACUUAACGGUGACUGCUACAUAGUCAGUGUCAUGGAUUUUUUUUUUUCAAAUUACUUUCAGUUGGUGUGUUCUACAGUGAUGUUUUUUCCCACGAAAUACUUCCGUGAUGCCAAGCCCCUUCAUGGGGAUGAAGUAUUACAAGGUCCUUCAACCAGGAGAACUCAGUCCCCUCUCCUGGUUCUCCCAGGUUGCCAUCUUUGAAGCAUUUAAGACAUUCAUUUAGAACCUAGCUCCUCUCCCAUUGUGUCCUCAGACGUUAACUACAGACUUCCUGUCCUUUCCUGGUUUGGCCCAAAACCAUCCUCCAAGUUAGUACAUUUCAGGGCAUCCAGUCAUUCAGAAAUUCCCACACCACUUCCGUCACCAAUAAAAUGUCCCUGCAGAGUG